AUGCACGCCAAGCAGCUCACAAUCGAAUUUGCCGCCAGGAUGGUAGUAUCUCUCCGCGUCAAGUAUGUCCUUCUUGCCUUGAUGGCUACCGCUGCGGUGAUUGCGUGUUUGAUCAUCGUUCUUGCCAAUGUUAGACCAAAUACCCGCCCAGUGGUGCUGUUGACGGGUGACUCGCACACUCAGAAAGGCACCAAUCCAGCUAUGAGCGGCUGGGUAACGUUGCUACAAAACCGGUAUGUGAUGACCUCAGAUGUUGUAACUCGAGGAUUUCCAGGCUAUAAUACCAAGUGGUUUCACAAGUAUAUCGCACCAACCAUCGAGCGAGAAAUCCAGAAGGGCAUUUACAAUACUCCGUCGCUCAUCACGGUAUGGUUCGGCAGCAACGAUGCGGCUCUGGCCAAUGGAACUUCGUCAACAACUCACGUCCCGAUCGAAGACUAUAAGGAGAACUUGAAGAAGAUCAUCAGACAGUUUUGGAUAGCAGCACCAACCGCGGAUAUUUUGCUGAUCACUCCGCCGCACGUCAACGAUACUGCAAUGGCCGAGCUCUCUACAGAGAAUAACGGGACGAUCAACCGCACGAACGCCAUGGCGAAGGAAUAUGCUCGUGCCUGCGUGGAAGUCGCCGAGUCAGUCGGUGUUCAGGUGCUGGACUUGAACACGUUCUUCAACGCGAUGCCAGAAACGAAUCGAAAUGAACUGCUCCAGGCUGAUGGUCUUCAUUUGAACGCAUUGGGCAACAUUCUAGUCGACGAGCAACUCCGACUCAAGAUUGCCAACGACUUUCCUCGUUUAGAGAGCAAUCUUGAGGACUGGCAAUUCCCAGCAGCUAGUCACUAUGCUGAAGAAGACCCGUGGACAGCAGACAGUGUCAAUUGAUGGCUGCAGAAGAUUCUUCUAACAAGACUCGCAGGUUUGCUCAUACCCGCUUGAAUUCGCCCCCUAAUAGAAGCACAAGUACGGAAGUGGGAUUGUCGUUGAGACAAUCAAGACGCGGCGUCUCCGUCAGAGACUCCGAAUCCGAUGGCAAAUUGCCGCGACAAGGAUACCAAAUCUG